AUGGCCGAGUGCACCAAGGACGCUGACGAGGGGCCGCCGUCCAGGAGAUCUGGCGGCGUCGCUGACAGAAUUUCGGACGAGGCCAAGUCCAAGCAGGAGGCCAAGGAUGAAAGCGCGGCCAGCCGGGACGCCGCGGAUGACAGAAGGAAGAGCGACUGGAAAUCUCGCCCCUGGAGGUGGGAGAAGGACGACCGGAACUCCAACGGCAAACGGCCUUGGGCGCGGCAGUGGACAGGCGAAAGGAGCUCCUGGAAGAGUAGCUGGCAUGACCACCGCGACGAUCGCCACGAUGACCGUCGCGGCGACCGCCGAGACGACCGCCGUGACGACCGCCGAGACAGUCGCCGUGUUGACAGAGACGGUCGCCGUGAGGACCGCAACAGUCACCGCCACGAGGAGUGGAUCGAGUAUUCGCGGGACUGGCGGGACUCCUCCACGUCCAGCCGCGACGCGGCUUGGUGCACCAAGCCGGCUCCGGAGGGCGACUCCGGCGAGUCAGGCGCAGGCGCCGGGGCUCGCGCUAAGGGCGGCCCCAAGCCGCCUUCGACGCCUCCCCCAAGAAGUCUUCUCGAUAAGUCGACCUCCGAGCCGGUUGAUCCUCCCACCGUGAUGGACCAGAUAGGCGUCCCUCAGACAGUGGAGAAGUGGGAGGAGUUCCAAGAUGCCAUCUUCAAAGGUCACCCUGCUCUACCGGCUGGUUGGAUCCGGGUGUGGUCGAAAACCCAGGCGAGCGUGUACUUCCUCAGACUGCGGGACGAGUACACCACCUUCGACAUAGAGGAGCUUGUCGACGACAUGGAACCCUGA